AUGUCUUCGGAGAAAGCCCAAAAUUCAGGCGAUACUACUUCCCACCCCUAUCUCUCCAGCCCUCCUCAUAACCUCACCUUUGAAGAUGUGAUCAAUGAGCUAGGCACAAACUCUGAUGACGGUCUCACCACAGAGAAUGUGAAGCAACGUCUCGAAAAAUAUGGUCAGAACAUGCUGGAGGGAGGCGAAGGCGUCUCCUUCGCAAAGAUUAUUAUCCGGCAGAUCGCGAACGCGAUGAUGCUUAUCCUCAUUAUUGCGAUGGCCGUCAGCUUCGGCAUUCAGUCAUGGAUUGAAGGUGGAUUCAUCGCAGCGGUCAUUGUUCUCAAUGUAGUCGUUGGAGUGUACCAAGACUUCGCCGCCGAGAAGACAAUGGACUCCCUCCGCUCCCUGAGUUCGCCAACAGGAGUGGUGACUCGCGACGGCAAAACUGCUACAGUCCCCGCUAAUGAAAUUGUUCCCGGCGAUAUGGUAGAGCUGAAAGUUGGCGAUACCGUCCCUGCAGAUUUAAGAUUGGUCGAAGCCUUCAACUUUGAAACCGACGAGGCUCUGCUCACGGGUGAAUCUCUUCCAGUCCAAAAAGAAGCCGAAUCCACUUUCGACCCCGACACUGGACCAGGAGACCGUCUCAACAUUGCCUACAGUUCUUCUACCGUCACCCGAGGUCGCGGCAGAGGUGUGGUAGUCGGCACAGGCAUGCAAACUGAAAUUGGCGCUAUCGCUGCCGCACUUCAUGGCAACGAUACUAAGCGUCGCCCGGUGAAGCGUGGACCGGAAGGCGAAACCAAGAAGCGGUGGUAUAUUGAGGCGUGGACCCUAACCACCACGGACGCGAUUGGACGUUUCCUCGGUAUCAACGUUGGCACUCCACUACAGCGCAAGCUCUCCAAGCUCGCACUGCUUCUCUUUGGAAUUGCGGUUAUCUUUGCUAUUGUGGUUGCUGCGGCAAAUGAUUGGCGAGGAGACAGUGAAGUCAUCAUUUAUGCGGUCGCGACUGGCUUGGCCAUGAUUCCUGCUUGUUUGGUUGUCGUUUUGACAAUUACCAUGGCCGUUGGAACGAGGCAGAUGGUCCAGAGGCAUGUUAUUGUCCGCAAGCUGGACUCUUUGGAGGCGCUUGGAGCUGUUACCAACAUCUGUUCCGAUAAGACGGGUACUUUAACACAGGGUCGAAUGGUGGCUCGGCGUGUUUGGAUCCCAUCUGUUGGAACUUACUCUGUGGGAUCCUCCAAUGAUCCUUUGAAUCCCCAGGAAGGAGAUCUGAGUUUGGCAGCUGAGCCUCCGGUGAAGCUGCAAACUGACUCUAAGAGCGGUGAUCCUGCGAGCCCUAGCGAAUUGCUCAAGGAUAAUGAGGAGUUGAAGUUAUUCCUUAAUGUCGCUGCUAUGGCAAAUUUGGCUCAUCUGCACAAGUCGCCUAACGAGGGAUGGCAGGCCCGUGGUGAGCCCACGGAUAUUGCUAUCCAGGUGUUCGCCACUCGCUUUGACUGGGGCUCUGAUCAUUGGACCAAAGGUGAGAAGCCCAUCUGGCAGCAGAAGGCCGAAUACCCCUUUGAUUCCAGUGUAAAAAAAAUGUCGGUUAUUUUUGCCAGACAGGAUGACGAGUCGGGCAAGGCACAAGAGAUGAUCUUCACCAAGGGAGCUGUUGAAAGAGUUCUUGAGGCAUGCACAACCAUUAAGUGGAGUCCUGACUCCCCUGCGGUGCCUCUGAACGAAGAAAUCCAAGAUGAAAUUUUGGAAAACAUGGAAGCGCUCGCAAAAGAAGGCCUACGCGUUCUUGCUUUAGCUGGACGGGAGCAGACCUCUACUUCCAACAGUGAUGGGACUCUUCCCCGAGAGGAAGUUGAGAAAGACCUUGUUCUGUACGGAUUGAUUGGUCUAUACGACCCUCCUCGCCCCGAGACUACCGGUGCAAUUAGCCAGUGCUACAAGGCUGGGAUCUCCGUACACAUGGUAACAGGAGAUCACCCCGGAACGGCACACGCCAUCGCCGCUCAAGUCGGAAUCAUUCCAUCGAACAUGGACACCAUUGCAAAGGAUGUCGCUGACGCGAUGGUCAUGACGGCGAGUGAAUUCGACAAGUUAUCCGAAGAUGAAAUCGACAACCUGCCCACUCUACCAUUGGUCAUCGCCCGUUGUGCACCAAACACGAAGGUUCGCAUGAUCGAAGCGCUGCAUCGCCGCGGUCGCUAUGUUGCGAUGACGGGUGACGGUGUGAAUGAUUCCCCGUCGCUGAAGCGCGCCGAUGUCGGUAUUGCCAUGGGUCAAAACGGGUCUGACGUUGCAAAGGAUGCGUCGGAACUUGUCCUGACGGAUGAUAACUUUGCUUCGAUGAUCAAUGGCAUUGAGGAGGGACGUCGCAUUUUCGACAAUAUCCAGAAAUUUAUUCUGCAUCUUCUGGCAGAGAACGUGGCUCUUGCUUUGACGCUGCUCAUUGGACUGGCAUUCAAGGAUAAUACCGGCCAAUCGGUCUUCCCUAUCUCUCCCGUUGAGAUUAUCUGGAUUAUCAUGGUCACUUCUGGUCUACCAGAUAUGGGCUUGGGAAUGGAGAUUGCAGCUCCGGAUGUGAUGGAUCGUCCUCCACAAAGCAAACAAGGUAUUUUCACCUGGGAAAUCAUCAUCGACACCCUAGUCUACGGCGUCUGGAUGGCAGCCCUCUGUCUCUCAGCCUUUGCGCUGGUCAUGUUCCAGUGGGGCGACGGUAAUCUUGGCGAAGGCUGCAACACGCAAUACAACGAUCCAAGCAAAUCAUACAGUUGCGACACAGUAUUCCGUGCCCGCGCAACAACAUUCACCUGCAUGACCUGGUUCGCCUUGUUCCUUGCAUGGGAGAUGUUGAACUUACGCCGCAGCUUCUUUCGCAUGCAGCCCGAUUCCAAGCGCUAUUUCACCCAAUGGAUGCACGAUAUCUGGCGUAACCAGUUCUUGUUCUAUGGUAUCAUGGCAGGAUUCGUGCUGGCUUUCCCGAUCCUUUAUAUCCCAGUUAUCAACCAUAGCGUGUUUAAGCAUACCGCUAUCAGUUGGGAGUGGGGAAUCGUGUUUGUCGAAACUAUUUUGUUCUUCCUGGGUAUUGAGACUUGGAAGUGGUGUAAGAGGGUUUAUUUCCGCCGCCGGGCUCACAGAGCGGAGAAGAAGGGUGAGGCACCGAGGGGCGAGAGGCGGAGACUCAAGGAUUUCAGUCGUCAGCCCACCAUGAGUCGGUCGGAGACUCAGGCUACUGGAGAUAUGAAGGUUGAGCAGUCUCUGGUUUGA